AUGGACGACACCCGAAGCGGCCAGACGUCGUAUUACAAGCGGGCCCGUCUCGACGACGGUCUCGGAACUCAUCUUCAAACAUCUGCUGAAGCCCAAGACGAGUUGCUUCGUAUGAUCGAGGAGGGUAUCGGGCCGAUGCCUUCGCUACUGUUUGAACUGCCGGAUGCCGGCCUACCUCCCUUGCACCCACAAAUCCCGGAUGCACCCGCGCCGCCCGUCCUAGGCAACGACACGGCGACAGACGUGGAGGCAGCGCCUCACCCGCCGCCACUGUCCGAUGCGUACCUUCGUGGUACCUUCACCGAUGCAUACAGCCCCUACUACUCCAUCGCGCCAGAUGGCCCGAGUGGCUUGCCGUCCCUUCCGUUAGAACUCGACACCUCUGCCAUAGGCGCGUUCUCUCCUGCGGCCGCUCCCCUUCCACUUGGCAUGUCAGAGCAUCAGCCGAGUUUGUACCGCGAGCAUCCGGGGCUUGCAGAUAACGCGCCGUACGCUCUGGAUCCUCUCGCCUGGAUGCCGCCCUCUGUUUGUCUUGACAGCAGUGCCACCGGUUUCGAGUUUGACGAUAUCAUCGACUACUCUGGAACCGCAGGGUCGCACGCAAGCCGAGAGAUGCCACAAGACGCGGCUGCCGAGACCGCAGAAGAUGCCAUGGCGGAGGCGCCUCAAACGCUACCAGUCGACGUCUUACCAGGCGGAUACGUCGGUAUGCAGGAUCCUGCUGAACAGGGAUCGGAUCAAGAUGAUUCUCCUGGCUUUGCGCGAAAACUACUAGAUCUAGCUCGAGACGUUGUCCACGGCAUAUGCGAGCGGUUGCUUGCGGAUACGCAUGACGCUGCCCCUGUGGGCACGAGCAGAACCAGUCCUCCCACUGGUCUGAACGAGGGCUCCCUGCCGCCACUCAUGGCGACGACGGCCCCGGCGACGGCGUCGGCCCCGACGACGGUUACAAGUACCAUCACGACCACGAUUACGGUUACGAUCGUCACCGAUAUCGGCGCUGCUGACGCCAUAGGAAGUGGUCCCACGGCCACGACGACGACGACUACCGUCACGACUGCGACGACAGUCACUACCUCGGACAUGGCUGAUGUCGCGCAAGAUGGUAUGAGGAUCGCAACCUAG